GAAUGUUGCCCUCACCGUGGACGACAUGCUGUACGGACCCUUCGCUGAUGGCAGGGCGUGCGCUUCUACUGAGAGCGGUGCGGGGUGCGGCGUGAACUACGGUGCGAAGCGCAUUUCUGUGUGGCCGCUUGCCCGUGCGCUGGACCCUGCUGUGCCCCUGCUGUUCCAUGCCGUGAAUCCGUCGAUGAAGUACGUGGAAUCCGCUGCGGGUGGACUGACGGCGCGGCAGCUGAUCGGCGUCAUUGUCGGCGGCGUUGCUGCAGCUCUGCUCUUUGUUGCUGUGGUGCUGUACUUCUGCCGUGACUCGCGCAACAACGCGAACGCACCGAAGAAUCGGAUUCACCCCGUGACGCUUGUGUUUACAGACAUCGAGAGCAGCACUGCGCUGUGGGCUGAGUGCCCCGAGGUGAUGCCCGACGCCGUGGCGACGCACCACCGGCUGAUCCGCUCGCUGGUAGCGAAGUACCGCUGCUACGAGGUGAAGACGAUCGGCGACUCGUUCAUGAUUGCGUGCAGGAGUGUGUUCGCCGCCGUGCAGCUUGUGGGGGAGCUGCAGCAGGUGUUCCUGCAACACGACUGGGGGACGAGCGUGAUCGACGACACGUACCGCAUGUUUGAGGAGGGUCGUGCUGAGGAGGAAGGGGAGUACGUGCCGCCGACCGCGCGCCUGGACGCUGCUGUGUACCGGCAGUACUGGAACGGCCUGCGCGUGCGUGUCGGAGUGCACACCGGGCUGUGUGACAUUCGGCGCGACGAGGUAACGAAGGGGUACGACUACUACGGCGAAACGUCGAACACGGCCGCGCGCACGGAGAGCAUUGUGAACGGCGGGCAGGUGCUGCUGACGCGUGCGUCGUACUUUGCGCUGAGCACGGCUGAGCGCAAGCAUGUGGAGGUGACUGCGCUUGGCGGCGUGGCGCUGCGCGGAGUGCCGAAGCCCGUGGAGAUGUACCAGCUGGACGCCGUGCCCGGGCGCACCUUUGCCGCGCUGCGCCUUGAGCGUGAGAUGCCUGUUAUGGAAGAGGUUAGUGAUGUGGCAAGUGGUGAUGGCUCUGGAUCCACCAUUCGGGGCGGUCCCUCGGGCUACGUUGCGUCUGUGCUGGGUGUGCUGUUUGGCACCUUUGCAGCCCCGCAGCGGCUGAAGGCACUGCUUCCCUUGUGCCAGCGUUGGAGUGUCCCGGUGCCGAGCGGGGCCGGAGCAGGGCGUGACAAGGAGGCCUGCCGUGCGGCGAUGGAGCGUCUUGCGGCGAAGGUGUGCGGCGUAAUUAAAAAACGCGCUUAUGGAACCUCAUUUGAGGAAGGGUUGCGCACAUUGAGUUUGCCAGACAAUGCUUCUCUUGGGAGCACAGGCGCGUUGCGGUUGCGUAACUCCGCUUUUGAGAGAAAUGGUCUUCCCGUGGACUUUCGUCGGCGGAGCUUAUUGCACCAGGCGUCUUUGUCUACAGCGGGAGAAGCGUGGCCGGCGGAAGAGGACCCGGUCGCCACCAUUCACGUCCGUCGGCCAGUGUAA